AUGCAAGGUAAUAUGACAUACUUGGACGCCACAGUAGCAGCUCACAUCAAGGCAUUUUUAGCUUUGGAUUCGCUAGUUGCACUUCUUACUAUAGUUGGAAACUGCAUUUUUAUGGCCACACUAAUGAAAAAGAGCCGAUUACAUACACCUUCAAACAUGCUGCUAGGAGCUUUGUGCGUAAGUGAUAUAUUUAUCGGGAUAGCAGUGCAGCCACUGUGGAUAAUCGAAUUUUCAUCGUUUUUAAAUGACAAGCCGUUUGAAAAACUCAGUUUAAUAAAAAGAACACUGACAUUAGUUUGUGUUGGACUGUCCUUUCAGUUCCUUGGACUUGUCAGCGUAGACAGAUAUACAGCGAUUUGUCAUCCGUUCAUGUAUUUCGCAAAGGCGACAUGUCGAACUCACAUACAUAUAUCAAUUAUUAUCGUGUUUUUAAAUGCAGUGUUCUAUGGACUGUUUUUUAUCAUUCCUGCCUAUGAGAGGAAGCGCAUCACUUUUUUAAUAACGUGUAUGUUAUCAAUUCUUAUUAUAUUUUGCAACAUUAUGAUAUUGAAAACACUGCUAAAAACAAGGAGACAACUUGUCAAAGUGGGCGACUUUUUGAGAACUCAAUCUACAGAGGCAAUUGCAAACGUGUCAAUGUCUCGACGUAAGCAGAGUUCAAGGCAAACAAAAGAGAGAAACAAGACACACGUUAUCAUGAUUAUCAUGCUUCUAUUCUUUAUCUGCUACAGUCCAUGGCUGAUUCAAAACGCUCUUGCAUUGUGGAAACUAGAUGCCUUCAAAACAAGUACGGAUUUUGUUUUCAGUGAGAUCUGGACAGACUUCCUUUUACUAGUCAAUAGUUUUGUCAAUCCAUUGAUAUACUAUAGCAGAAUCAAAGAAAUCAGGAUGGCUGCCAAGGAGGUCCUUUGUCGAAGAAAAGAAUUCAAUGUUCAUUUAUCUUCUAGCUAUUCACAGAGCUAA